AUGGCACAGGCUGUGGUGGCAGUAUUUCUCGCUAUUAUUGCCAUUAUCGCCUUACUUGGGAACUUCCUUGUUGUAAUCCUGUUUAUAAAGAACCGUCACUGGCUAAAGAAAGCUCACACAUGUCUCUUACUCGCCUUGGCAAUUCAAGACAUUUUGACCGCCAUUGGUCUGCUGGUCCUUCCUGGAUUCGUCCAAUCCGCUGACGUUUACGACACACCUGCAGAUUCAACCUUGAGCCAGUUAUAUUGCAGUGUAGUGUGGUCCCGCUAUAUCCCGUUCGCGUUAGCAAUCGCCUCGGUCUACACAUGUCUCAUGCUCACCAUCGACCGCUGGUCGGCCGCUCUGAGACCGAUGUCUUAUAGACGUUUCAGUAACUCUAUAAAGGUCAUCGCAGCCAUGCUAAUUUUCCCUUGGAUCGCUGGAUUUGGACUCGAAAUCAGCGCGAUACUAAACGUACGCUCGAACGAGGUCAAUGGAACGUACGUUUGCAGUUGGAUUAUAACAGAAAGUGAACUGAAGAAGACUACCAUAGCAUUGGUAACCUUUUUUGGCAUGAUUUUGGUGCCGGCCAUACUCAUUAUCAUCGCCUAUGCAAUGAUUGUCAUAAAGCUUAGGCAAUCUUCAACAAAGAUCAGACCGGUCGUAGGCGACUUAAACCGUGCCCAAAACUCAGGCCGCGGGCAGCACACAAAGAAGAGCGAAUCUUUUACUCAUUUAAAGCGGCUCACUCGCGUAGCUUGUGCAGCUUCGGCUAUCGUGAUCGUAUGUUGGCUGCCGGAUCAAUUGUAUUAUUGUUUGUUUCAAUUGGAUCUGGUCGAGAUGGGCACCCCACUACACGACGCAUUGGUUAUCCUCGCAUUCACGAAUACGAUGCUCAAUCCUUUCUUGUAUAGUUUCUCGAACAAGCAGUACAGAGAGGAGUUUAAGGCGAUACUGUGUUGUAAGUUUCGCAGCCAAGUCGUGCAGACACAAGUGGAAGAAACUAUAGAUCAUCCCUUAGAUGAGAGAAGUAUAGAGAUUUGA